GAAAGAAUGUUGUUCACUAACUGAUGUUGAGCAUAACUGUCGCAGAUAUUUUAUACUCAAUUAUCUUGCUGCUUAGUUUUUCUCUGGCUAACUCGACUUUCAAAGCCCUGUAAAUAUCACACACGCAGAAAUGUAUUGGUUGGUUAGAUCCAAAACGAAUGCAAUUUUCUACUUCAAUGAUUUGCGCCUUUAGAUGCAAACAGAGGCAAUGCAAAUUAAAUUUAUUAGCUAUGUUUCUCGGUUGGUUUGGAUAUGCAACUUUUACGAUUGAAAAUAUGUAGGAAAUUGGGAGGAGGGUGUCACACACGCGAUGGAAUUUAAUUGAAUUAAACUUAAUUCGAAAACAGUUCUGUCUAGGCAGCUAUAUCGAUUGCCCAAUUUGUUUUCAAAUAAUGUGCCACAUGGAAAUCGGUUUUAUGAUUGUCGUGCCCACUCAAACGAGUCGAUCGGAUCGCGGGGUUUGGAUUGAAACGACUAUGCGCUAUAAAAGCUUUAGUGGAAGCUGUAGUUAGCACAGUCGUUUGGUAGUAACCAACUAAUUAACAGUUUUAGCACAAACUUUAACAGGAGAUCCAAGAUGUUCAAAGUCAUCGUUCUGGUUGCCUGUUUGGCCGUCAUUGCCUCCGCUCAGUUCUACGGAGGAGAUUCCGGUCAUCACGAAGAUCACCAUCAUUCACACCCGAAAUACAAGUUCGAGUAUGGCGUUAAGGAUAGCCAUACCCACGAUCACAAGAGCGCUUGGGAGCACCGUGAUGGAGACCACGUGAAGGGACAGUACACUCUGGAUGAGGCCGAUGGCACCCAUCGCAUUGUUGACUACAGCUCCGAUCACAAGGGAGGAUUCCAGCCACAUGUCCUGCGCAAGGGACAUGCUCACCACCCGCACCAUGGUGAAAGCUACGCCAACAUCGAGCAACACUAUUAGAAUGAUUAAAAAAUGUGAAAGCUAUGCCAACAUUGAGCAACAUUAUUGAACUAUGAGGAAUGUGUUUUGGAGUGUGGAAUGAUUGUGAAUAAAUAGCACGAUGUGAUAUACAAAAA